UCCCGGUUCGUCGCCAGUUUCUAUCUGUUGCCUGCUACUGGAAUGUACAGAAAGUGUUGUACAACGCGGCCACCACUGAAACACAGUAGACUAAACAACUUUUAAAAACUGCAAAACUUUGUUUGUAUUCUAUUUGAAGCACAUUCUGGAUGAACUUCCUGAUAUCGAUGUAAGAACUGUUAAAGGUUUCCUGUGUAUGACUUGUAAAAGAUAAGGGUAAGCACAUGCUGCAAAAAAACAACCCCCCAGAUAUCUGUUUGGAGUAUUAAAAGAUUACAUCAUGGGGAUCAUGUCGGAAUGUAGCCCUGUGCCUACUCCCAGCCAGCCCCAAGGAAGACCACUCCAGGUCGGAUUUUACGAAAUAAUUAAAACACUUGGAAAGGGCAAUUUCGCUGUUGUUAAACUGGCCAGGCACAAAGUAACCAAAACUCAGGUUGCCAUUAAAAUUAUUGACAAAACCAGGCUGGACCCCUCAAACCUCGAAAAGAUAUACAGAGAAGUUCAGAUCAUGAAGCUGCUGAAUCACCCGCACAUUAUUAAGCUUUACCAGGUGAUGGAGACUAAAGAUAUGCUGUAUAUUGUAACAGAAUAUGCUAAAAAUGGAGAAAUGUUCGAUUAUUUGACAUCCAAUGGGCGCAUGAUUGAAAGUGAUGCACGCAAGAAGUUCUGGCAGAUCCUAACAGCAGUGGAUUACUGUCACAGCCACAACAUCGUUCACAGAGACCUGAAAAUGGAGAACCUCUUGUUGGAUGCAAAUAUGAAUAUUAAACUGGCAGAUUUUGGCUUUGGGAACUUUUAUAAGUUGGGUGACCCUCUUUCUACAUGGUGUGGGAGCCCUCCCUAUGCAGCCCCAGAAGUAUUUGAAGGAAAGGAGUAUGAAGGACCCCAGUUGGACAUAUGGAGCCUGGGUGUGGUGCUUUAUGUGUUAGUUUGUGGAUCCCUACCCUUUGAUGGAGCCAGCCUGCCAGCACUGAGGCAGAGAGUGCUGGAGGGUCGAUUUCGCAUUCCCUUCUUUAUGUCACAAGAUUGCGAGAACCUUAUUUGCAGAAUGCUUGUGGUAGAUCCAGCAAAACGCAUCACAAUUGCCCAGAUAAAGCAGCACCGCUGGAUGCUGGCAGACCCUUCAGUGCAGCAGCAGACUAUCCCCUUCUCUAUUGAGGACUAUAACUGCAACCUGGGCGACUACAAUGAGCAGGUCCUGGGAAUCAUGCAGACCCUGGGCAUCGACAGGCAGAGGACGAUUGAGUCACUGCAAAGCAGCAGCUACAACCACUUUGCUGCAAUUUACUACCUUCUGCUGGAGACAGUAAAGGAGCAUCUAAAUAACCAGAUCAUAAACAGUCAGUCUGGAACUGGGCAACAGCAAUCCAGGAGCACCCACAAGAUCACCACAGCAGAACGAGUUGUUUACCCAGUGGAGGCUAGUUUUAGUGGGUUGCUGCGCAAUCGAUCCAUCUCACCCAACAGCAUGCUAGAGACCACCAUCAGUCAGGAGGUGCGACAGGACCUGGAUGAAGAAGGUGUACAGGCACUCAUACCCCCCCACAUCCCAAACAACACAAGCAGGAGGCACACGCUGGCCGAGGUCUCUACACACUUCCACCAGUGCAGCCCACCUAGUAUAGUUGUCUCCUCCUCAGUGAGAACCCCAGAUGGGAUCUGCUCUGCCAGCUGCCUCAGUUCCUCUUCCUCCUCCAAUGACAGCCCAAAGCUAGCAAGAGGAGGCCACGUUGUCCAUCAGGCCUCACAGGCUAACCAAGCUGCUACCAGGAUGAGCCCUCCAUUUGCCAACACGCAGUCUGCCACACCUCUGUUGCAGGUCCAAGGCUGCCUAGGAGGCACAAACCGGCUGUCUGUCAGUUUCCAAGAGGGCAGAAGAGCCUCAGACACCUCACUGACCCAAGGUCUAAAGGCAUUCCGUCAGCAGUUGCGGAAAAACAGUAGGACGAAGGGCCUCCUAGGGCUCAACAAGAUCAAGGGCCUUGCCCGGCAGAUGUGCCAGUUUCAAUCAUUCAGAUCUGGAAGGAAUAGCUUUAGUCCCUUUUUACACCCUCAACUGGACACCACUGCAGGCUUCUGCAGCACAGGGAGUGGCAGGGACAAGAUAAUACUGGAGGAAUUGUUGCAUCAGCAGAGAAUGUUACAGCUUCAGCACCAACAGCCGACCCAGUUUGUCAGUCAGCACUCAGUCCCUCCCUCAGUCCUGUUGCCCCCUGCUGCCUAUCUGCCUGAGAGCAUGGUCAAGAAGAAAACCAUCUCUUUAUUAGCUGAGCUGCAGCGAGAGCAUUCCUUUGAACUAGCCUGUGGAGCUGCUGGCUCUCAGAUCCACAACCAUCAUCAUCACCAACUGCAGCAGCAGCAGAAACAACAACAGGCAUGCCUCCUGGAGGCCAGUGUCUCUUCAGUCUCCUCUACAGCCCACCUGCUGGAGACAAACUUGUAUAUCAAUGGCAACAGAACUCAACAAUGUUUCCAGUUUCAGUUGCCCAGCUGUGAACUGUCCCAGCUUGAUGACUGUGAGAUGGAAGGCCUAACAAGCGCCCAGCUUAACUACAAUGUUCUGGUUAAAUAAAAAUACGGCAAGACUAAAGAAAAGCACAGUCAUCAUAUUUAUUCUUGGAAUGAAAAUAACUUCAUGUAGCUUUCAUAAAAAUCAAUAAAAGACCAAACUAAGAGUGGAGGUGUCAUUUCCCCAGACACUGAGUUGGUUAUGAAACUAGGUUGGAGUCAUCUGCAAAAGGUUUGGCGCUUUUAAUUAUGUAUCUAGCAUGCACUUUAAAUACUCAGAAAUGGUGCAUGCUGGAAAUGAAGCCCAGAGAUCCACAUGCAAUCUAUUUUUCUGAGAUACCCGAUUGUACAGAUUUAGGAUUUAACCAUCUUUCCAAUCUGAUCUAAAUUUGGUAGGCCAGUUAUAUUCACAGAUAGGAAAUGUUUUCAUUUAAACAGUUAUUUUUGUACUAGACUUCUGUAAACAUGCAGUAUCACCAGCUUUAAAUAACUUCUGUGAAAUGUGCACAUGGUGCUGAACUUCUAAAGCAGAAAAGCAUUGGAAUAACCAGUGCGUCUUUAGCCAUUUAAUAAUGACUAAAACUGCAUGUUAAUAACAAACUGUGAAUACCCCAAUUGUUGCUAUACAGUGUAAUGGGAUAGCUGAUGUUUUAUUAGUUUUCCAGCAACAGGGUGUUAAUAAUCAUAAUUACAGUGUGGUGGCCAGCUGAACCAGAGUUGUUCUGAGGUCAGGCAAAAUGUAUUGUUCCUAGAACCCAUUUUUUAUAUUUCAAAUUACUGAUGCAUUUGGUUAAAGUGUUUCCACCUUCAACCAAUUACUUUAUGGCACAGGUAACUGCACUUGGCAGUCAUUCAGUUUUGUGUUCUGGUAAGAUACAGUUUCUUACCAGAAAUGGAGUCACCUGUGCUUUAUGCACAUUGGAAGUGUUUUACAUAAAUGAACCAUUAUUGCUUUUGAGAUUAAACACAGCUGGACUGUUAUUAUGACACACAACUAUUGCUUGUAUCAAGUUGACAGGACAGGAUAGACUGAUAAUCUGCAUCUUGGUAUACAGUAAUUAAUGCUCACAAUAUAGUUUGUUGGGAACCACAUCUAUGCAAGAAAAACAUAAAAUGACAAUUUUAGAAUGUCCAAAAUGGGACUGCAAAAGAAGGGUACAUUGAAUGUCAUUAAAUGUUCCUUUUAUUUACUUUGGAUGGCCCUUAGUGUUACUGUCUGAACUGUCUAUCCAGCCUUGGUAAAUGUCCAUAAAUUGCUGAAUUUAAAUCCUCAAUCUGAUUAUAAACAUACCUGGCUGGAAAGAUCAAUGAAACAGUUUUAACAUGACUGUCACUUUUGGAAAUCAUGAUCCCAAUCCCUACUUUAGCAAAGAGAUUGCAGAUUGUAUUCCAACUGUGUUUUCUACACUAAAUCCUAUCCCCAUAUAUCCCCCUUAUAUCAACCAGGUUUUAGUACCUUAGCUUUACUGUAGCUAUUUAUUAAGCUGUAGGCAUUUUAUUAUUUAAAAUCCUGUAUCUUCCAAAAAUUAACAAUAGGCUUUGUGGCAUGUGCAAUAAUCUAUAAUGAAGUACAGACCUUGUUGGUGCUGUUUUUGGUGUUCAUUGAAAAUCUUUUGUUAGCUAACAUUUUUAUAUAGGAAACUGAAGUCCCACUGUUUUUUUUUUUUCAGGGUAUUUACAGUUAUAAAAAAAUGUUAAAGCUGGCUAAUAGUAUUAGAAGAAGAAAGACAAAGCUACACCAAGUCUUUUAGCUUUUACCUGUAAUGCCAGCUACACAGCUGGUAUAUGGGUCUAAAAACAGCAAGUAUGAUACAGAAUGAACAGGCUACAUUUUGUAUGAGAUGGAACACAUAUUCUGGGCUGGCAAGAUGGCUAUUCUACAAGAUUGUUUUUUUGUGUUGGUCAUGAAAUUAGAAAGCUACACUUACCAUACUUGACUGUACCCAAAAGCACAACCAAAAAGUGCCCAUCUGUCUGCAUAUUGAGUGUAACAGUGUAGUAUUGCUGCUAGUGAAAUAUGUUAUCAUUUAUCAACCAUUCUUUACAGAAUGGACUUACAGAAUGGAAUUCUGUAGCUGAAAGUGCUACCCAAAACAAUCUCAUUAAUAAUCGAUAUUAAAAAUGUAACGGACAGGUGGCUCCGCAAGAUACAUCACCAAAUAAUUUUAAACUAGGAAUAGGUUCCUCCAGAACAAAAUGAGGUUAAUACCAAGUAAAUUCCAGGUUCCGUAGACUGCACUAGCAAACCCCUGACAUGUUGGGGAUUAUAUAAAGACAUUUUUUAGAGCGUUCUUUCUAGCAAUGGAUCAUGGACUUGAGUUACACUUAUUUUUCUUAUUGUUUUACAUGCUACUUAAACAAGAAUGCACUUUAUUAUACCUUUUUUUAAUAGAAUGGAUUUGGUAAUUUAAUAGAAUAAUAUUUAAGACACUACAAGAUUACAGUAAAAGACAUUUUAGCUUUUCAUUAAUGUAUCUAAGUACAUUUGUACUAACUGGCAUCUACAUAACCAUCUGAAUUAGCAAUAUAUAAAACAAGAAAUCUCUAAAUUAAAAAGAUGCUAAAUUGUUGGUUAUAGCAGAAACCAUACCUAUUUUAGAUACACAUUUUUGAGGUUUCAUGGUACAGUGUUACAGAUCUAUGACUUAUGAAAUUGUUUUGUUGUACUAUUACCGUAUGGAGCGUUUUUUUUAAUUAUGUUAGAUGACACCUGUGUUUUGAUUUUAUUUUAUGUUGGUAUUUAUUGAAAUAAAAUCUGGUUUCUAACAGUGUGUCUGGGUCAUGUUUCAGUUGAGGUUGAAGGGUAAGGAAGUGGUUUGUUUUACUUUUCACAAGCAAGUGUUUUCAAUAAGAUCUAAUUUGUCUACAGAAAAACUAAAAAGUGAACGAUUUUUUUUACCUUUACUUUUUGUGAAUCAUUCGGAGGGGGUCUUCUGUUGGUCCCAUUGUUUCUGGUGAUGAUUUACAAAGAUUUUUACUCCAAAAGUAAUACAAAAAUAUAAACUUU